CUUUGAAGAGCGUGUAUUUACUGGAGUUGCAUCCCUCCCUGUGUUUGGCAUCUCGACUGUAUGAGGGUAUUGAACGUGCCUGUGCUGAACUGUGUGAGCUGAACAGAGCUCAGACAGCGUCUCAGAGAUUAAACCUGGAGAAAAAGCUCCUGAAAAUGGCUUUGCAUCACUGGCACAUUCUGGGCACUCCUGGUGCCACCUACAGUCCUCAAAUACAAAGAGAUCUGUUCUCAGAUGUCUUCGUUGAGGACCCUUUGCUGGUCAGAGAGCUCGGCCUCAACGUUGUGAGAUCUGCUGAGGAACAGGAGAGGAAACCAGGCAAAGAGAAACAGUUGUUCAUGGUGAAAACGUUCUGCACUUUGCUAGAAUUGGUGACGGUUCGGCAGCGCAUCAUCGAGUCGGCAUCAGAGUCUGAGCUCCUGUCCCAAUUAUAUAAAUGUCUAGCCACAGAGAUGGGGUUUGAUGAAAAUCAUUUAUACAUGCGACCAGUGCAGUUUGAGUUCGCCAUGAAGAAAGAGAUACCCAAAGAGUCUCAGGUGUUCAUCACUGCUGUCCAUGAGGACAAACUAAAUGUCGACAGGUUUGCACCAACCUGUCUUCCAUUAGCUGUUCAGGAACUUGACGAGAAUCACAUCGGCAAAUUUAGUUUUCAAUCUAAUGAAUCGAUUUUACAGCUGAUGAAUCAGUCCAGCUUGGAGAACCUGCAGGUGGUUCUGAUUUGUCAGGUGGUCCAUAAAAAUGCCCUUAUUGGAGCAAUUAAACAGGCAUCAGUGUGCUAUUGGGCCGAGACGUUUGCUCAAUCCUCGGAUCUUACAGUCCCGCAACAUGACAGAUCUACAGCCUCUGAAAAACAGAGACGUGACUUAACCACCAGAAACAGGCUUGCAGGAGCAUUUGUGUCCAUCCAGCUGGUGAAAGCAGUUUUCAGAGAUGAAAUGCUGAAUGCAUUUAUAAAGAAGAAGGAACAGACAAGCACACUAAAGUUAAACCCGGAAGAAGUGGGAAAGAUGAAGAGGAAACUGAUCAUCGAGUUCUGUCACAAGUUUAAUAAGCAUAUAUCACAGAGUUUUUCCAGAGGACAGCUGGUGGCUCUUUAUCACAAUCUCACCUCAACACUCGCCGAGGUGCCACACAUCCGUGAGAAACACUUUGUAAUUGGACAGCAAAAUGAAAGCAGAUCGAACCUGCGGCCAGGAGAGAUGAUGAAUCCAGAUCCAAGGACAUUUGAACCUCGACCCAAGAGACUCUUAUCGGCUGAUGGAAAUACUCUGGUAAACCUGUGGUACAUCCCUCACUACACUGAAGUGCUGCAUAUGUUCAGAGACCUGGAGGAAAAGGAAUGUCACAGAGCUCUUCAAAACACACAUCAGAUUAUUUCAGCGCUUCAUGACAUCGUCUGUUACCUGGUGAGCUUUGCUCGACUGGGAAAUUCAAACACAUCCUUCAACCCCAGCAGUGCUGAGAGACUAACAGCUGACUGGGGAGGAGCAGAAAGCAUCGGUGCUGAACUGUGGGACAUCCAGCGACAGAUUGACUCUCUUCAUGAACCCAGAAGUUCAGAUGCUGUUGGGAAACUCCUGCAGUUAAACAGAGAAGUGCUCUUCAUGAGCUUUGAAAUGGCAGUGCGCUACAUGAUCAGGGAAGCAUUUCUGUCCUCUGGAAACACCUCAGCCUAUCAGAGUGUGAAUGAGAACAUGAGCCACGCCCUCCCAAUCAUGUGUGACAGCGUAGAGGGAGGAGCCAUCUCUCUCUCUGUUCCUCAGCCUCUUGAUCCAAGCUGUCUCCAGGCACAAAAACUGUAUCCAUGGAGAUCAUUCCUCACAUGCUAUGGAUCACACCCCUUCGUUAUAUGGGACAUCUCACCGAUAGAGUAUUACAUGCAGCUCUGCUUGUGUGAUCUGAAUAACCGAUGCCGAAUGGAGGCCAACGGAGCGAUUCUGGGUGUAUCUCUGGUCAUUGAUGAUGUUCUCAGUAGUGGAAGAUACGCCGCUCCUCUUCAUCUGCAGAGCACAGGAGAUCCUGACAUCACUGCUUUGUGUGAUAAAGAAGAUGACAUGGACAACACAGAUAUAAAAACAGAGAAUACAUCUAAAGUUCAAGAUCGCACCCGAUCACUGAUGAACCAGCGGGGAUUUUUACUCCUCUGGAAGCAAAUGGAGGUUUUCAAAGAAAGCUGGAUUCAACGACAGCUGGCUUCAGAGAAAAUAAACAGCCUUGCACUUUAUAAACACAUCUCACAACUUUAUAGAACGGAGAUUUACUUUCCCAGUAUGCACGCAUUGGCACAGCAUAUGGAGAAAGAGAAGGAAUACGAGAUGCUUUUGUCUCACCAUCAGUCAAUUCAACCACCACCAGGAGCAACUGAGAUUGACAUUAAAACAUGGCAGUUACUGCGACUCUUGGAGAUCACCGAGUGUCACAUGAUCAAAGCGGUUCAGAACAGGAUUACUACUGAAAUGACUCGAGUGAUGUCAGAGCGUGCCCGGCAUGACACUGCACUCCCCACAGAUCUGUGGAAAAAGGCGUCCAUGGAGCACAGUUUCUCUCUGGAAAGACCUCAGAUAGUGGAGAACUUUGUUCAGCAGUUGAUGGGCGGUGAUGUGGAGGAGACUGAUGGACAGGUGAUGUUCUCUAAAGCUCAUCUGCAGGAAUGUUUGAUUGAACUCGCUUCUGCUGUAAUGAAUCGUGAGAAAAGCGUCUUUCUGCGUUAUUCUCAGUUUUAUGAGCAAAUCCUUCAACAGCAGGGACAACUACUUUACCAGAGAGAACAGGAUGUUAAGGAGCUACAAGCCAAAGAAAUGCACGGCAAUGACCCACACACAAAGGUGGCAGAAGUGUGUCGGGAGAUGAUGAUCGAAAUCACAGCUCUACGUGCCCGAAUUACACAACUAGAGGAAGAGAAGAGAAACUUAGAUCAACAUCUCAACCUGAAACACAGACAGCACUAUGACUCGCUGGUCCACCAUCUGUUUUCUACAUGUAUACAUUUGAAGUCACGACUAGACAAAUAUCACGUGAAUAUGGAGCAAGAUGUGAGACGGCUGGUAAGCAGUGCGAGGACAGAGGCUGCAGACAGAAUCAUCAGAUUGAAAAAUAAACUAUCAUCCACUAAAGAUAAUGAGAAGUUCAGCCAGAAACUCGAUGAGAAGGAGGCAUUAGAAGAUCUUCAUGCAGAAAACAGCAAGCUGGCUGGGCUCUUUUGUAAACUGAGAGCCUUCAAUCACUGGAGGUUGGUGACUGGUAGAGGCAAGCUGCAAAAAGACCUUCUUCAAUGGAAACAAAAUGAGGUCUCCUGUAAAACAGAGGCGCUUAAAAUGAAGAUGAUUUCUGAAGAGAAGGUGAUCAUUCUGAAACAAGGGAUUGAUGCAGUGCAACGUGAACUCUUUCAACGUAAGACCGACUAUGAACACAUCAAGAGACAGAUCGCUCAACAGACUCAAAAGCUACAGGAUGUUGAACACCGGUCUGUACGAGAUGCGCAGAGCCGUCAGGAGCUUGAGAACUUGCGUAUGCAGAGUCUGGGGCAACUGCAGGAAGACGUGGUGGAUCGAGACGGUCAGGUCAGAGCUCUAAGCGCACAAUUGGAGAAAAACACCAGGGAGACGGAGCUACUACAACAACGCAAUCACCAACGAAUCAAACAUGUGAGAGGUCAGCUUCAUCAAGAACGAACCCUGAAACUUGAAGCUUUCCAGCAUGUGGACAAACUACAAAGUCAGAUUCACAGUUUCGAGACCGUUUUAUCUAAAUCCACCGUUUCUUCAGGACGCCAAAGCUCCUCAAGAAAGCUACAUUUACGAAACGCAUCAGCUGGUUUACUCAGGAGUAGCUCCAUUACACCUUUUUUAAGCAGUAGUUUUAUAAACCGAGAUUACACAACAGAAGAACUCUGUACUGACGCUGGCUACAGGGAGUCUUGGACACCUCUGGAAAGACCAAAAACAAACACCAGUCGUCUACAUCUGGACAUUUCAGAGGCGCUGUUGCCCAGUCUUCCUGAUCCAAUCUCAUCAUCUAACCACACAUCAUACCAGAAUUUUAGGUUUGGUCACAAAUAAACGAUUUAAAGCGUACUUUAUAUUGGACUAGGCUAGCGACAUAUUUUUAGUUUAGCAUAACUUUUAACGUAUAAUUAGUGGAUUCAUGUAGUGUAGACUGGGGAUAUU